AUGAACCCCGUCUUCUUCCGCCGCGCCUUGCUGCUGCUGGGCAUGUGCUUCAUUUUCGCCUUCACCGCCGCCAUGGGCUGCGAGAGCGUUCUGCUGGCGAUGGGGCAGCCGCCCUCGGUAGCUGAGACCUCCGCGCGCUUCGCGCGCGUGCAGCUGAUCGGGGUGCCCUUCUGGUGGCUCUCCAGUGCGGCCAACACCGCGCUGAACGGGGUCAAGAUGACCAUGCCGGGGCUGGUGGCGAAUGCGGUCAGCUCGCCUCUGCAGAUUUUGCUUUGCUGGGUUUUCAUGAAGCCGGAGCUGUGCAACAUGGGAUACCUGGGCAAUGCGCUGGCACGAGCACUAGGCGGCGUGAUCAGCUGCGUGGUGAUGGCUGGGGUCAUCAAGUGCCGGGGCCUGCAGCACUUCGUGUGGCACCGGAGUCCAGACGCCGAGCCCGUGCUGAAGGCGGGCGCCUUUCGGGAGUAUCUGGCCGUCUCGAUCCCUUCGGCACUGGUGGUGUGGUCUGAGUGGUGGGCUUUCGAGGGCUUGUCCCUGAUGGUGGGCCGCACCCCAGACGCGGUGACCAACUUGGCAGCCCACGGGACCAUGUUCAACACCAUCGCCGUGUUCUACAUGUGCUGGACAAGCACCUGCACCGGGGUCUGCACCUUGGUGGGCAACGCACUGGGCGCCAACGAGCACCGGCGCAUUCGGCCCCUGCUCUACACGGCGGGGCUCUUUAGUCUGGUGACCUCAUUGAUAGUAGCGCUGAGCUAUGAGAUCUUCAAGUCAGACUUCGCCCGGAUGUUCACCGAGGACGAGAAAGUCCAGGAGCUGCUGGAGACCAGCUCCCUGGGGCUGGUGCUCAGUGUGCCCGCCUACGCCCUGCUCAUGACCUUCUACGGCGCCACGCCUCGCAAAACGUUGCGCGCGUGGCGCGCAUGGCGCAGCGCGGGGUUCCUGGGGGCAACAACGGGGUGA